AUUCACUUUAUUUUUUCCAUGGCAUCGGAAGUUGCAACGGUUAUCUGCAGAAAGGAAUUUCCUAAAGUUUCAUGUUUUUAUCGAAGUGACUGUUUGUUCUGAUUGCUCCGAGAUGCAACUGCGUUUAUUAUCUCGGCCGCCUGAUAGGGAGAUAUCUUAUCGACGGUGCUUUGAGGAGGGGAGGGUGUGGUAAUAACAAAAGAAUGGCGGAGCGCGUUAUCACCUGAGAGUUCAGUCAUCAGUAGACGCCUCCGUUUGACGUUGGAAACGAGUGGCCAAAGCAUCGUCGUUUUGGCCGCCAGUGAAAGCCCUCUCGUCCUCUUUUGGCUACGUACCCUGCGGUAGUGUCCUGGGAUCGUACUCCGCUUUCUUGGCUGCUCUCUGCAACAGCCGCGAAGGAUCGCCUAGUUGACUCUAGGCAUUAUACCGGGUGGAUACUACAGCUUGCUUCAUCGCUGGCUCAUUUAAAAAACUUUUCACUUGUUUAUUGAGGGAUAUCUGUGAACCCUUGUGCCGAAGGAAGAAACUACCUUUGAGAAGUUUGGUCGAUCGUUUUCGAAUCGGCAGUUUUCCUGGAAUGUCAUCUGACUUUGUUGUUCAUUGGACUGACCGACGAGACGGGGAAAAUGUUGAAACACUGAGGUUGCAACCCACCCUGAAGAAGACGUUUCGAUCCGUGUAGGGAGAAUCAAAUCUCCUUGAACGCGCCUUCGCCGUGACAAGAACUGAACCAGGCGGCCUCGAGGAGGGAAAACGUGAGAGGGAAGUGAGGAAGAAGAAGAAGAAGAAGAAGAGGAAGAAAAGAUUCAGGAUGUCAGCUGUCAAGAGUUAUGUGGACAUCUUCAUUAGCCCCUCGACGCAACAUUACAUUGUUAAUAAUAGCUUGUUGUCCAUCCUGUGAGAGGCGAGAGAGCGAAAUGAAAUAUACGUCAUAGCAAAGACAACAUCAUCUGAUAAGAAACUGAGAAGGAAGAAUGGAAGAAGCAGAUAUAAGAACGGCCUUGGAUAUCCUUCGAGAUAGAAUAAUGAGCGAGUUGGACGAAAUUUCGCAGGAUCCUCAGGACGACAGGGCAGAAAAGAGGAUCCCCGACACUGAUAGAGAAGGUUCUAAAAGAAGCUCAGAUGAUGAGCAUGAGCCGAGAAGGGAAUCCAGCAAACGAUGGAAAGAAUGCCAAGACGACACCAGUGUAAGGAACCCGGGAGGUAAACAGAAUGUCUCAAGACCUCUCGAACAGGAUGAUCGUGUUACAACCAUCGACGAUAAAGGUAUAGACAAAGAUAUCAAAGAGGGACAUCUUAAAAACAGUCGGAAGGGGCGGAAAGGUUUGGCUGUUCAGCUCCAAAUACUUGGUGAAAAAUAUGCGUUGCCCAGAACCUUCGACAGAGAUGCUGCUGGAGAAUGGGUUUGUCAUACGUUGUCCGAAAUUCUCCGUGGGCCUCUUUUCACCCCAGAAAGUAAAGACUCCCUCCAGAAAAGUUUCGUUAAAGCUCAAGCACUCUUAGACUAUGCGUGGCAGAAACUUAACACUGGUAACUGGAAAGAUGUUCCUCUAACGUGGCGUCUGGUUUUCACUUGGGGGAGUAUUGGAUUAGUAGGAAUCUGCCUUCUGAAAAUACUGAAGGACAAUCAAACAAUUGAGAACGAGUCAACCGGCCUCCGGGAUUUCUAUAACUCAGCCUCUGAGAUUGUACAAGUAUGUGAUAGAGGCCUGUUGAUGGGUGCUCCAAUUGAUGACAAUCCACUCCACUGCAUAGCUUCAGCAUUCAAUUCACAUGCAAGAAGGUCCAGAAAAAAAGAUGCAACGGAAAUGUGUGAUGACGGAGACAGCCAAUCUGAAUCUCUGCCUGUCCAGCAGGAAGAUUCUGCAGUCGUGGUGAAACCUCUCCCUUCAGUGCGUCAACCAGCGCUUGAUCAGUUCUUAUUGAAAUACAUGAAUGCUGGUAAGCCUGUCAAGCUCUUAGGUAUUAUGGAUCACUGGCCUGCCAACGAGCUCUGGAAUAUUGGCUACUUCAGGGAAGUGGCUGGAGGAAGAACAGUGCCAGUUGAAAUAGGCGCCAGGUACACUGACGAGUCUUGGUCACAAGCUCUGAUGACUCUGGAUGAAUAUCUUACAACCUAUAUAACUAAGCGCGAACCUGGGGCUCCAACCGGUUAUCUUGCCCAACAUCAGUUGCUAGAUCAAGUGCCUGAACUGCAAGAGGAUCUGUUAAUUCCCGACUACUGUCACUUGGGAGAACAUCCGCCAAGACUAAAUGCCUGGAUAGGGCCUAAGGGGACAGUCAGCCCCCUGCAUCAUGAUCCUGACCACAACAUCCUUGUGCAGGUUGUUGGAUACAAGUAUGUUCGAUUGUACGAAGAGGACCAGACUGAGUACCUCUACCCGCACCCAGAUCCCUUAUUGAGUAACACCUCUCAGGUGGAUGUCGAGGGACCACAAGAUCCAAACCAGCCACUUCUUAAGAACGCCCAGUUCUACGAUCUCAUUAUCGGCCCCGGGGAAGCCGUCUAUAUCCCACCACGAUGCUGGCACUACAUCAGAUCUCUCUCGACCUCUUUUUCUGUGUCCUUCUGGUGGGUCUAGAGAGCGGUGACCCUCCUUCAGAGGAGGAGUUUGCUAUUUCUUGUAGUUUGAAAUUUCUCUCUUGAGACUAGAGUUUCGAAUAAAAAUUUUUUACUGGUUG